UGCCGUUUCCCGGGCAACCGGCGUAUACAGCCGCUGGCCUAGGCACUGAGCGUCUAAGAGGGAAUGGCGACCGAGCCCGCUGAUGACAAUUUGUCCGGACUUCAGCUUGAGGCGAUCAUCGGAUUCAAUGGACAUGUUCCUUGUGGCCUCAUCUGCCAUCCAGACCGGGAGCACCUCAUCUAUCCUCUGGGCUGUACAGUUAUUGUCCAGGGCAUAAACAUUCGCACUCAGGAUUUUUUACAUGGACACACCAACAAUGUUUCCUGCGUCACAAUUUCUUCAAGUGGAUCCUAUGUGGCUUCUGGUCAGAUCACAUUCAUGGGCUUCAAGGCUGAUGUCAUCCUAUGGGACUACCAAAAAAGAGAGAUGUUGGCUCGGCUGUCACUUCACAAAGGCAAAAUUGAAAAUCUUGCAUUCUCACCAAAUGACCUUUACUUAGUGUCACUGGGAGGUCAGGAUGAUGGAAGCGUGGUAGUGUGGAGUGUCCUGAAGAAAGAGGCCAUAUGUGGCAGUCCUGCCUCUGCUCGUAGUGCUGGGAACCCAACCACACUGGUGUAUUCCAACUGCAGGGAUGAGAUGUUCAUUAGUGCCGGAAACGGAACCAUUCGAGUAUGGGAAUUGGACUUACCCAACAGAAAAAUCCGACCAACUGACUGUCAAACAGGGCAGCUGAAAAGAAUAGUUACAUGUACUAUGAUGACAGAUGAUGAUAAUUAUUUCUAUGUUGGCACAUCCACUGGUGAUGUUCUGAAAAUCAAUACCAAGAGCACAAUGAUGAGUGAUUAUGGCCCAGUAAAGGAUAAAUUCAGUCUGGGAGUCACAGCUUUGCUUUUGCUGGCGACAGGUGACCUCGUCAUUGGCACUGGCACUGGAAUUAUAGCUCAUUGUUCAGGAUCCGGCUACAAAAUAAUCAAGAAAGUUCAGUUGCAAGGUGCCGUCACAUCCAUCACACCACGCGGGCAGGGUCACCAGUUUUUUGUGGGCACUGAAGAGUCGCAGAUUUACAGGUUCUCAUUUUCAGACUUCAAGGAUGAGCUUAUAGCUACCUGCCACAGUGAGGCCAUCCAUGACAUCAUUUUCCCUUUUGGUACAUCAGACUUGUUUGCCACCUGCUCCAAAAGUGACAUCCGUGUUUGGUAUACACCAGAAAAUAGGGAACUCCUGCGGAUUACAGUCCCCAACAUGACAUGCCAUGCCAUAGAUUUCAUGAGGGAUGGCAAGAGCAUCAUUUCAGCUUGGAAUGAUGGGAAAAUCCGUGCUUUUACCCCAGAAACUGGACGGCUAAUGUAUGUGAUAGAACAUGCCCAUAGCAUGGGUGUGACAGCUGUGGCUACCACAAGUGACUGCAAAAGAAUCAUCAGUGGAGGAGGUGAAGGGCAGGUGAGGGUGUGGGAAGUUGGUAAAGAGACACGCAAACUGGAAGAGGUAAUGAAGGAGCACAUCUCUUCUAUCUCAUGCAUCAAGAUCAAGAAGAACAACCAAGAGUGUGUCACAGCCAGCAUUGAUGGAACAUGCAUUAUCUGGGAUCUUGUUCGCUUCAUGAGGCGUCAGAUGAUCUUGGCCAACACCUUGUUCAAAUGUGUGUGCUAUCAUCCAGAUGAACACCAACUUAUCACAAGUGGCACAGACCGGAAGAUAGGUUACUGGGAGGUGUUUGAUGGAUCCCCAAUCAGAGACCUUGAGGGCUCCCUCUCUGGUUCCAUCAACGGGAUGGAUAUCACAUCAGAUGGAACUUAUUUUGUCACAGGAGGUGACGAUCACCUUGUGAAAGUCUGGGACUAUAACGAGGGUGAAGUGACUUUUGUUGGUGUUGGCCACAGUGGCAACAUCACCCGUCUGAAGAUCUGCCCUAACAACAAAUAUAUUGUCAGUGUGAGUGCUGAUGGUGCCAUUCUUCGAUGGAAGUACCCUCAUACCCACUAAUGACUCAGAGCAGU